GUCUUGCUUUUAGACUAUUUGAACAGGAAGGCGGACAUAUUUGUAGAGGGCUCCCUCCUUGAUUAGCUGCCGCACUGAGGCGAUAGCGACUACCCUGCGGCUUUGUACUUUUUUUGCCUUCGCUCAUCUCUGCAGUUGGAAGGAGCUCUUUUUUUUUCUCCCCCGCCCCCCACCCCACCCCGGCGCCACGACGGACCAAGGUGGGGCAGCAGCCCGAGCAGCGGAACUCUAGCAAGCUGCACCUACUUCUCCGAGACUUUUGAAUCCCGGUCCGCAUCGGGAAAAAGAAAGGAAGGGAAACGCAGCGACCGGAGAAGCCGCGGAAGAGGAGGGAAAAGGCAGCGAGGAGCGGAAGAAAGCAUCUCAACCGUUACGCGGUGGCCGAAGAGAACUCGCGCAUCUGGACAGCAAAGCGGAGGCGUCGGCUCGCUUUUCCCGACCCAGAAGCGGGGGCUUAGCGGGGCCUCUGAGAGGGCUCGCCCGCGCUACCUCCGCCGUGGCUUGAGUACGAAAUGAAGCCGUGCGCCGCCUCAGGCCCGAGUCUCGGUGGAGGGAGCAGCUGGAUGACGCUCCGCUGAGAAAGUUUCCUGUUUUUCAUGGUAGGCCUCGCGCUUUUCCUCCACCCCUCCUUCCCUUCUUUCAAAGCUGCUGCUGUGCAGCUAAUACCCAAAGAGAAGCGGGAGGAACCGCUACACUGAUCGGGGAAAAUGUGGUUCCUUCGACACAGGGCCUCGGGCUGGAGACGAGAGCGCACCGGCGGGCUAGGGAGUACAGCCUAGAGAGACUCGCGGGGCAACCGAGAAGGCGGCUCCCCUCAGGACGGAGCAGCGCCUCCCUUCCCGUUUUCGACGUUCGCUUUUGUCGCGCGACGAUGUGUAACGGGGGGAGGACAAGGGACAACCCCAGCCAGACUCCGGCUCUUCUCUGAGAGGGAGAACUCAGGGAGACACCCCGUCCUCCAGAUUUGAUUUCCUGUGGAUUAAGGAGACCGCCUCUUCAACAUUAUGUCGACAGGAGAAAGCUUUGAGUCCCGGUUUGAAAAAAUCGGGAUGAUGAUAAAAGACCCCAAAUCUGAAGUGAAUUCGGACUGCUUACUGGAUGGAUUAGAUGCCUUGGUAUACGAUUUGGAUUUUCCUGCUUUGAGGAAAAAUAAAAAUAUAGACACCUUUUUAACCAAAUACAAAGACACAAUAAAUAAAGUAAGAGAUCUCCGUAUGAAAGCUGAAGAUUAUGAAGUAGUAAAAGUGAUUGGUAGAGGAGCAUUUGGAGAAGUUCAGUUGGUAAGACACAAGUCAUCACGAAAGGUCUAUGCCAUGAAACUUCUCAGCAAAUUUGAGAUGAUAAAAAGAUCAGAUUCUGCAUUCUUCUGGGAAGAAAGAGAUAUCAUGGCAUUUGCAAAUAGCCCUUGGGUUGUUCAGUUGUUUUAUGCAUUCCAAGAUGAUCGUUACCUUUAUAUGGUGAUGGAAUAUAUGCCUGGUGGGGAUCUGGUAAAUUUAAUGAGCAACUAUGAUGUCCCUGAAAAAUGGGCAAGAUUUUAUACAGCAGAAGUUGUUCUUGCAUUAGAUGCUAUUCACUCCAUGGGUUUUAUUCACAGAGAUGUAAAGCCUGAUAAUAUGCUGCUGGACAAAUCUGGUCAUUUAAAACUAGCAGAUUUUGGUACCUGUAUGAAAAUGAAUAAGGAAGGUAUGGUACGAUGUGAUACAGCUGUUGGAACUCCGGAUUAUAUAUCCCCAGAAGUAUUAAAAUCACAGGGUGGUGAUGGUUAUUAUGGACGAGAAUGUGACUGGUGGUCAGUUGGUGUUUUUUUGUAUGAAAUGCUUGUGGGAGAUACACCUUUUUAUGCAGAUUCUUUGGUUGGAACAUACAGUAAAAUUAUGAACCAUAAGAAUUCUCUUAGCUUCCCCGAUGAUAAUGAUAUUUCUAAAGAUGCAAAAAAUCUUAUUUGUGGCUUUCUAACAGACAGGGAAGUUAGAUUAGGAAGAAAUGGUGUGGAAGAAAUCAAGCGACAUCCAUUUUUCAAAAAUGAUCAGUGGUCUUGGGAAAACCUUAGAGACACUGUAGCACCUGUUGUGCCUGAUUUAAGUAGUGAUAUUGACACUAGUAACUUUGAUGAUCUGGAGGAAGACAAAGGUGAAGAAGAAACAUUUCCUAUACCAAAAGCUUUUGUUGGCAACCAGCUACCUUUUGUAGGAUUUACUUAUUAUAGUAAUCAUCAGUAUUUAUCCACCUGCACAGCUAAUUCGAAUGACAACAGAACGAGCACCAACAUAGAUAAAAACUUGCUAGAAUCUUUGCAAAAAAAUGUUUAUCAACUUGAAGAACAGCUACAUAAUGAAAUGCAACUAAAAGAUGAAAUGGAACAAAAAUUCAGAACAUCAAAUAUUAAACUAGACAAGAUAAUGAAGGAACUAGAUGAAGAGGGAAAUCAGAAAAAAAAUUUGGAAUCAACAGUUACUCAAGUAGAGAAAGAAAAGAUGCUCUUGCAACAUAGAAUUAGUGAAUAUCAAAGAAAAGCUGAACAGGAGAAUGAAAAACGUCGAAAUGCAGAAAAUGAAGUGUCAACAUUAAAAGAUCAGCUGGAAGACUUAAAAAAAAUUAGUCAACACUCACAUAUUACAAAUGAAAAAAUUACACAGUUGCAAAAGCAACUUGAAGAGGCCAAUGAUUUGCUGAGAACAGAGUCAGAUACUGCAGCAAGACUAAGGAAAAGUCAUACAGAAAUGAGCAAGUCAAUAAGUCAAUUUGAAUCAUUAAAUAGGGAAUUGCAGGAAAGAUGCAGAAUUCUGGAAAACACAAAAUUACAGGUGGAAAAGGAUUAUUUCCAGCUACAAGGAGCACUGGAAGUAGAACGAAGAGAUAGGAGUCAUGGAUCAGAAAUUAUUGGAGAGCUACAAGCUCGGAUUACGUCUUUACAAGAAGAAAUCAAAGGUGUGAAAAACAAUCUUGAGCGAGUAGAAGAAGAAAGAAAAAAGGCCCAAGACAUGCUUAAUCAUUCUGAAAAGGAGAAGAAUAAUUUAGAAAUAGAUCUAAACUACAAACUUAAAACGGUACAACAACGUUUAGAACAAGAAAUAAAUGAACAUAACAUAAACAAAGCUCGGUUAACUGACAAGCAUCAGUCAAUAGAAGAGGCCAAAUCUGUUGCUAUGUAUGAAAUUGAAAAAAAGGUAAAGGAAGAACGAGCAGCAAGAGAGAAGGCAGAAAAUAGAAUAGUUCAGAUUGAAAAACAAUGUUCCAUGUUAGACUUCGAUCUGAAGCAAUCGCAACAGAAGAUUGAGCACCUUAUUGAACAGAAAGAGAGACUGGAAGAUGAUGUUAAGAAUCUGACACAUCAAUUGGAACAUGAGAUAAAUAAAAGAGUGAUGACACAGAAUGAACUGAAGAUGCAUGCUAUAGAAGCAGAUAGUUUAAAGAGUUCUGAGAAACAGCUAAAACAGGAAAUCAAUGCAUUGUUGGAGGCAAAACGAUUAGCAGAAUUUGAGUUGGCUCAGCUGGCUAAGCAAUACAGAGGGAAUGAAGGCCAAAUGCGUGAACUACAAGAUCAGCUAGAAGCUGAACAAUAUUUUUCUACACUUUAUAAAACUCAAGUUAAAGAACUUAAAGAAGAAAUUGAGGAAAAAAAUAAAGAAACACAGAAAAAAAUACAAGAACUGCUAAAUGAAAAAGAAGCUGUUGUUACACAGUUAGAUCUGGCUGAAACAAAAGCUGAAUCUGAACAAUUAGCCCGAGCUCUCCUUGAAGAACAGUAUUUUGAACUAACACAAGAGAGUAAGAAAGCAGCAUCACGAAAUAGACUAGAAAUUACUGAUAAGGACAAUAUUAUCACUCGGCUUGAAGAAACAAAUAAUACAUUAACCAAAGAUGUGGCCUUUCUAACAAAGGAGAAUUCUGAGUUAAAUGGAAAUAUUAAAAAACUUGAAGAAGAGUAUAUAUUGAAAAAAGAAGAGGAAAUCAACAUAAUUAGAACACAGUAUGAAAAAAACUUGAACAAUGAAAGGACACUUAAAACACAGGCUGUCAACAAAUUGGCUGAGAUUAUGAAUCGAAAAGAUUUUAAACUAGAUAGGAAGAAAGUAAAUAUGCAAGAUUUCAAGAAAAAAGAGAAGGAAAACCGAAAGUUACAGUUGGAACUUAACCAGGAAAAGGAGAAAUUUAAUCAUAUGGUAAUAAAAUAUCAAAAGGAGCUUAAUGAAAUGCAAGCGCAACUCGCGGAAGAGUCCACAUACAGGAAUGAACUUCAGAUGCAGCUGGACAGUAAAGAGAGUGAUAUAGAACAGUUGCGUAGUAAAAUUUUAGACUUGCAGCAGGGCAUGGACUCUACUAGUGUUGCCAGCCUUCAGGCUGAUGAAACAGAUGGAAGUGUUACAGAAUCAAGAAUAGAGGGCUGGCUUUCAAUACCAAACAAAGGGAAUAUUAAACGUUAUGGGUGGAAGAAGCAGUAUGUUGUGGUCAGCAGCAGGAAGAUUCUAUUCUAUAAUGAUGAACAGGAUAAAGAACAAUCUAACCCAUGUAUGGUAUUGGAUAUAGAUAAAUUGUUCCAUGUUAGACCAGUUACACAGGGUGAUGUUUAUAGAGCAGAAACUGAAGAAAUACCCAAAAUAUUUCAGAUCUUAUAUGCCAAUGAGGGAGAGUGUAGAAAAGACUUGGAAGUAGAACCAGUACAGCCAGCAGAAAAGACAAAUUUUCUGCAUCAUAAAGGGCACGAAUUUGUCCCAACUUUAUACCAUUUUCCAGCCAAUUGUGAGGCUUGUGCCAAGCCUCUAUGGCAUGUAUUUAAGCCACCCCCUGCAGUGGAAUGUCGGCGAUGCCAUGUUAAAUGCCACAAAGAUCACUUGGAUAAAAAAGAAGAAUUAAUAGCACCAUGUAAAGUAAGUUAUGACAUAACUUCAGCAAGAGACAUGUUGCUGUUGGCAUCCUGUCAGGAAGAUCAGAAGAAAUGGGUUUCUCAUUUAAUAAAGAAGCUCCCCAAAACACCACCAUCUAGUUUUGUUCGUGCUUCACCGAGGACUCUUUCCACAAGAUCUACAGCGAAUCAGUCAUUCAGGAAAGUUAAAAAUACUUCUGCAAAAGCUAGGUCAAAGGAAUAUGGAUCUGUGGGGGACAUUACUCAUUCAGAGAAUUCAAGUUACUGUUAACAAUAUAUGCAAGCUUCAUGGAUCUGACAUGGUGCAGUCUGAGAAUGGUGGAUUUUUUUUCACCAUAUAGAAGUGUUCAGACCGGUUGUUCUUUCCGAUACAACUUUCACAAGCUUCAGGGCUAAGACUGCUGUUACUCACUCCUCCUUGCUUUGGCAUAAAAAGCUCGCUGAGGGUAUCUUAUUGCGGGUUUGCCUUAAAGUAGAUUAGAUUAAUUAUUACUAUGUAAUGCAAGUAAAAGCAAAUAAAGCUUAGGAUUAGUGCUGCCUUUAGAAAUUCCUGGAAAGAAAUAAAUGCUUGUCAAUCUUAAUGGAAUGUGGUAAGCUUUUCUCAUAUCAGUGAGAAUGAGAGAACUAUUUACCCUAUGAGAGGGGUAUUUAUAUUGGGAUAAGCACAGGGACUUGAAUAUAGAAAGAAGGUAUCUCAAACUGAGAGAAGCUGAAAUUUUCAUGGAAGACUCGAAGUUGUGCUAAAGCAGCAAAACUUGCUUGAAAACAAAGCCUUAUGUAAUCACUUGAAAUUCAGUGCCUUUUCUGUAUUGUUAUUAAUGCUAAUCAUUCGUGAUAGCUCAAAGUAUUACACAGUUUGCUUUACAAAAUAUUAACUUCACAUAUUGGUAAAGGAGGAGAAAAUGAGUAAUUAAGGUAAUCUAUGCAUUAUUGCCAAGCCAUACAGAAUUGUUUUUCAAGUGGCGUUAGAAGUACCGUAAUUGUUAAAACAACCAAGUUUGGAAGUGUAUUUUGGUUCAUAAUUGUUCCAUAAUUUGUAUAACAUGUUUCAUUUAACAAUUUGAAGUGUGAAUCACAGUAAGCAUACACAUAUGUCUAUGUAUGCUCCGUUUAACAUGUAAAUUAUUGUUAGAAUAUUUUUAUUGGUUGUUGCCCUUUUAGUGCCUUAUUCUGAGAAUUCUUUUACUGCCAUGUCAAAAUAAGUUUAGAAAUUUCAAAUACCUAUUGCUGUGUCAGUAGUUUUAUUGAUUGAAGUAUUGUAGGUUCUAGUUCCAUUUUCAGUUGUACAAUCUUGAAUAAAACUGUUGGUUAUCACGAGAUAAUUUAAUCAUAAUACAAAUAGUAAUAAAUUUUUUUACCGUGAAAACAAUUUAAAUCUCUGUAACGUUAAAAUUCCAGGUAAUACAGGAAUUGAAUACUUUUUAAAUUCUUGUCUUGUAGCAGGAAUAUUAUUAUGGUAUUAACCGUAUGAUUUAUUUUAUUUUUUAACCAAAUACCUCUUUAGUAAUUUAUAAUGGCUUUGCAGUUAUGUAUUAAAUAAGCACUGGAAAAAUGAUUCGUCUCCAUGGCGAUUUGCAUGUUUCAAGUGGUGUUGAAAGCCUUAGCAAUAGAUAUGUAAUAAGCAUAUCUGUUAAUACGGCAGUAAUGACUCGUGCUCAUUUAAUACAAAAUAAAACUAAUUUAUGAAUAAUUAUUUUGAAAAUGACUGUGGUAUUUUUCUCCAGAAUACAGUUCCUAGGAAGUUUUGUUAUACUUUACAGAUGACCAACUGUUAGUAUAUUUAAAUCUGAUGCAACUUGAUAAUUUUUUAAAAAAUAAAUUUUUAUAAUGUCAUACUACAUUUUAAUACAGGGUAAAGUAGUAGAAAUCGCAUAGGAUAUUAAAGAACUUUUUUGAUAAUUAAAUUGUUAAAUCCAUUUACUAGCACAUAAUGAUUUCCAUCAUAAGCCUUAUACCAGGUACACAGCUCUUACAAUAUUAUAUUUCCAUGAAUUUUAAUUUAUGCAUAAACCACAAUUGUUAAUAACAAUAUGUUACAUUGAUUUCUGCACUCUGGAAAUCAGUGAUAUUGCUCUGUUACUAUCUACAAAUAAUAUGGACUCUAGCAAAGCUUAGGUGAGUAAUAGAAUUGAGAGAAGAUUGACAGCAAAUGCUGAAAAGUUAAAAGAGGUUAGGAAGUUAAAGUGUAGUUAAAGAAGGCCAGAGGAAUUUGGUUUUGUCAAAGUGGUGUGAGAAAAGAGGACAGGAAUAGGAAGGCAAAAGACUUGUGGGAUGACUGACAUGUAGUGGGAGAAGGCAUAAAGAUUAGCAAGUGGAAAGAAGGAACAGGGGAGGAUUCAUGUGCUUGAGAUAGAGCCAAAGAGAUGGGACUAACAGGCAUAGAAAUUUAAAGUUUUGUUAACUGAUUCAGAACUUGGAUAAAGAUCCAUAGAGUGCUUAGACAGACUGAAAGGUCUAUAGUGAAGAAGAAAGUUACUUUGAGAGAAAACUGAGAAGAUAACCAAGGAUAUGGUUACUGAAUUUGAUUGUUUCCUGGUUAAAACCAGUGGAGUGAAAAGGUAUGGAAUUUGAAAUAUUUUGAGCUUGAAAUACUCUAACAAUACUCAAAAUUGAAAACAGCUGCCCAAGCUGUUGUAGAAGAGUUCUGAUCUCUAAAUGGUACCAUUUUGAGUUGGAAACGUUUUGUCAGAAUAAUGGCUGAAUGCUUCUAAUAAGGUUCAGAACAAGCCAUUUCAAUAUUGAAUUGUUUUAUAUUCUUCUAAUUAAAACUUUAAAAUUAAGGAUUUUUAAAAAGAAAACGUACAUACUGUUUCCAUGAAGACAGAAUAAGUUUGAAUUGUUUUUUAAAAAAAUAGGUAUAAAUAUUACCUGUAAAUGUGCAAUUUUCAGUGUUCUUACCACUAUCAACAAUUUCAGUAAACGGGAUGAGUGAUGCCUAACAGGAAGACAGAAAUAGUCUAAACCAUACCCAAAUAGUAGCUUAAUAACACCAGAACUGACAUAGAAUUAUAUAUUAUAGGGAGAGGUAUAUUGAUGCAGAACAAUACUAGCCCAUCUAUGAAAUGUUGCCAUGCAUUCUGGAGAAUUAUGCCUAAGCCCAAAAUUUAGGUUACUCAAUUUGUUUAAUCUCCAGGGGCUAUUUUAUAAUGUUGAAGAAUUCAUUCCUGUGAUGUGUAAUUGUAAACAUCUAAUCAUGCCUGGUUGUGAAUUUGGUGUCAGGCCCCUCUCUGCAGCGUCAGUAAAAUAUGUGUUUUAAUGCAACAAUUUCAACUAUAUAAUGUAUCAGAUUCUGUAUUUUUAGUACUGUUAAAUUUUCAUUUUGAUGGUUUGUUCUUUGGUAUUCCUCAACCCAUAUGUAUAUAUUUGCCACUUUAUAAAUCCAUUUCAUGAAUCAUUUGGAGUAGCUGUUGCCUGUAAAACAUUAUGCUGCAAUAAAAUAAACCAAUGAAUCUUUGAAUUGCCAAAAAA